GUAUAUAAGUCAUUUCUGCCGCAGUUUCUUUCUUUGGAAUAAUGUCGGCUGAAUAUGAUAAUAGAGACAAUGGCCCAGAGGGCAUGGAGCCAGAUGGGAUCAUUGAGAGCAACUGGAACCAGAUCGUGGACAGUUUUGAUGAGAUGAACCUGCGCGAGGCUCUGCUCAGGGGAAUUUAUGCCUAUGGUUUUGAGAAGCCUUCCGCUAUCCAGCAGAGAGCCAUUAUCCCUUGUAUCAAGGGCUACGAUGUGAUCGCUCAGGCCCAGUCUGGAACUGGGAAGACUGCCACCUUUGCCAUUUCCAUCCUCCAGCAGAUUGAUGUGGAGCUGAAAGGCACCCAGGCUCUGGUCCUUGCUCCUACCAGGGAGCUGGCUCAGCAGAUCCAGAAGGUGGUGCUGGCCCUGGGUGACUACAUGGGGGCCAGUUGCUACGCCUGUAUUGGAGGGACCAACAUCCGCAGUGAAGUCCAGAAGCUGCAGGCUGAGGCUCCUCACAUCGUGGUGGGAACUCCUGGCCGUGUCUUCGACAUGUUAACUCGCAAAAACCUCUCCUCUAAGAACAUCAAGAUGUUCGUGCUGGAUGAGGCUGACGAGAUGCUGAGUCGAGGGUUCAAGGACCAGAUCUAUGAGAUUUUCCAGAAACUGGCAAGCAGCACACAGGUUGUCCUUCUGUCGGCCACCAUGCCAGCCGACGUCUUGGAGGUCACAAAGAAGUUCAUGCGUGAACCGGUCCGGAUCCUGGUGAAGAAGGAGGAGCUGACCCUGGAGGGUAUCCGUCAGUUCUACAUCAACGUGGAGAAAGAGGAGUGGAAGCUGGACACGCUGUGUGACCUGUACGAAACCCUGACCAUCACACAAGCUGUCAUCUUCAUCAACACGAGGAGGAAAGUGGACUGGCUCACUGAGAAGAUGCACGCCAGAGACUUCACCGUGUCCGCUCUGCACGGUGACAUGGACCAGAAAGAGAGAGACUUGAUCAUGAGGGAGUUCCGCUCUGGCUCCAGUCGAGUCCUCAUCACCACUGACCUGCUGGCCAGAGGUAUUGAUGUCCAGCAGGUGUCUCUAGUCAUCAACUACGACCUGCCGACCAACAGGGAAAACUACAUCCACAGGAUUGGUCGGGGUGGUCGUUUCGGCAGGAAGGGAGUAGCCAUCAACAUGGUGACCGAGGAUGACAAGCGCACCCUAAGGGACAUUGAGACGUUCUACAACACCACCAUCGAGGAGAUGCCCAUGAAUGUGGCCGAUCUGAUCUAGACGACGACUCCACCUGCCCUUCGUCCGCCCCCACCCUGCUUAUUUUAGAAGUCAAACUUUGUUUCUUACACGAUCUGAACCAUGACUUUACCCUCCACGUUCAGAGGGAGGGAGGAACGCAACCGCCACUCCUCCCUUUCCUCUGAAAUAGAUUUUGGCCAUGUUGGAAGGAUGACUCGGCUUCAUCCGCUUCCAUAGUUCGUCACUCCAUAUCAGCAGCUAAAUUCUCCAUUAGCAUUAAUUAGACCGUUCCCACAUUGAUGUCCUGACGACAUUGGAAAAAAAGAAAAAACAAAAAAAAAAAGAAAAAAGAAUCCCACAAGUGCAGAACAUGACCACUUUUCCGAAAGCACAUUUAAAAACCUGACGUUGCUGUUAAAAGGAUUCUAGCUGUGACUGUUAGAAAAGCUUAACAUUAAAAGAAUAACUUGGCUCAAUAUAACUCGCACAGUGAAAACACAAAGACUGAAGCUUUUGUCAAAUGUGGCUCUGAUUUGCUCCUGCGCACCUCCACCAGGUGCUGCACCACUGGUAACUAAUAGCUGGGCGGUUCAGUCUGGACUAAACGCAAAAUGAACUGGGAUGUGCUGCAUUUGACCAGAUCAGUAUUUAAACAACCUCCAGUGUACUUCAAACAGCCGUUAACACACAUCCAUGAUCAUGUUCAGUACCCAGGUUUUGGGGGGUCUAGAGUACACAGGGCAUAUUCAAUAAAAAGACCUGUAUAGUAAAAAAUCCACCAUGAA